UGGAAGGCUGACAGGCAGGUAGGCCAUCCAGUCAUCUGACCCGGGUCGGCUCAGAUGACUGGUCGUGCUUUUUGCAGAGCCACGGCUUCAAAGCAUUUCAUGUAUUCAUUGCUAUCGAGAUAAUGUUAGGAUGCUAGGAUGUUAAGAUGUUAGGAUGCUAGGAGCAUUCCAUGGAAUAUAACAAGUGUUUCUGAAGGGAAUUACCUACCCCACCUUUAAUGUCAUGCUUGGUUUAUUGUAAACAAUGAUCGAUGACAUGCGGAGGCGCCGGUGGAGAGGCGGUAGAGAGGCGGUAGAGAGCCGGGUCACCGCCACUCCUCCGGAAGAGAAGACAAGAUUUCCGGUGACAGUCGGUGUUGUUUUUGGGUCAAAUCGCUCCGGAUAAUAUCUUUAAUUCACUCCACUCCGAUGGAUCGAUCAGGUUUCUCCCGGAGGCCGGACAGCUUCGACGGGCUCGGGUACCGGGGAGAGGGGCUCGGGUACCGGGGGGACCCCCUGCUGGGACCCCGGGUCACAGAGCCUCCAGACAUCCCGGGAGCAGGAACCUGCACCUGGCCGGGAGAGGAGCCCUCUGAGCGGGAGAGGACCGGGAGAGAGAGGAGAGGACCGGGGAGAGAGCCGGCUUGGAGGCUCCGCAGCCCGGCCAGGUGCCUGCAGAGCAGCUCAGUCGAUUCGCAGGUUUGGAAUCGGACUCGUCAGCCUGUUCACAGAGAACGUGCUCGCUCACCCCUGCAUCGUCUUCAGGAGGCAGUGCCAGGUGAACUACCACGCCCGCUGUUACCACCUGAGCCCGUUCAGCCCGUCGCCGUCAUGUACUCCAUCACUAAGGCCCAG